UCUCUCCCUUUUUUACCAGUGUCAAGUGUGAACUCUUCACUGUUUUCUUCACUCUUACCUAUCUGCAAAAUUGAAGCUUUUUGCCAAUGUUAGUCUAGCUAAGCCACCCAAAAUGGCACCCAGAAUUCUGAUUUUUCUUCUCAUUACCUCCCUUUCAUUCCAACUAAAGGCGAAUUCUCAAUCAACAGAACGAAUAUCAAGCCUGACCCAUCUGCCCAGACACAAUCAAGAUUCAUUCCCAGCUGAUAGAGCUUCCACAGAUGGAGAAAAGCUUCAAUCUUUGCAGAGAUCAAGAGUUGUUCUGAAGGGGAAUGCUGAGAUUUUCAGCGAGAACAAGACAUUUGUGCUGGGCUUCUUCAGUAUCAGCGGCGAAUCCAACUGGUAUUUGGGCAUUGGGUAUGCUUCAAUUCCGGUGCCCACCUAUGUUUGGGUGGCCAAUAGGGAAACGCCAAUUAAGAAUUCAUCACUGGCUAGGCUGGAGAUUACCCAACAUGGAAAGCUGGCUCUCCUCAAUCAACAAGAUUCAGUUGUUUGGGAAACCGACAACGUGAAGGAAGCCAGUGAUGUGAAGCUAUUGGAGCAAGGAAAUUUGGUGCUUUUGGACAGCGAUGGUGUGCUGAUUUGGCAAAGUUUUGAUUUUCCAACUGAUACUUGGCUUCCCGGCAUGAACUUAACAGCUCAGAGGUGGCUGAGUUCUUGGAAAAGUUCUACGGACCCAUCGCCGGGGAAGUACUCUCUCCGGCUCAACCCGCCGGCAUACGGUGAGAUUGCUCUUAUUUAUAAUGGCAAUUACACUUAUUGGUCUACUGGUAAUUGGACUGGAAAUGCUUUUGCUGGAGUGCCCCAAAUGACUAUUCCUUACAUUUAUAAAUUCACUUUUUCUCAACCCUUUACUCCAAUGGCAUCUUUUGGGUACUCUGAGGUUCCCAUAGACCCCGGGGUGAAACCCCCUUUAACCCGCUUCCAUGUGGACCACACAGGCCAGCUUAAGCAGUAUACAUGGUCUGUCCAGACUGAGAAUUGGAAUAUGUUCUGGUCACAGCCUGAGAAUUUGUGUAGAGUUUAUGGAUUAUGUGGGAAUAUGGGGUUUUGUAAUGCUAGGUCUGCUUUGAGUCCAUGUAAAUGUUUUUCUGGGUUUAAGCCUUGGGAUGAUGCUUCUUGGAAUGCAGGAGACUUUUCUGGUGGAUGUCUCCAUGAAAGCAAUGGUCUUUGUAGUGAGAGUGAUGGGUUUAAGGAAGUUGGGACAGUGAGUUAUGAUGGAGCAAAAGUAGUGUCGUUUACUGGAACUAGGAGUACUUGUGAAAAUGAAUGCUUAGUUAAUUGCACUUGUAUUGGUUUACAUUACAAUGAGAGAGCUAGUUUGUGUAAGAAUUUGUAUGGGGAUUUGUUAAAUCUCAGGAAUGUUUCUUCUGAUAGCACCUUGGAUGAUAAGUUAUUGUUAAGAGUGCAGGGAGACAGUAUUAGCAGGAGCCACGAGAGGAAGAGAUUUUUAUUGAUUGGAGUAAGCUGUGGGGUUGUUGUAAUUUUCUUGCUGGGGAUUUUGACUUUGUUGGUUUUGAGGAGAAGAAAAUUGAGGAGGAAUGAAGAAGAGGAAGCCGUGUUUCCAGUCACAAACUUGAAGGUGUUUUCUUACAAGGAACUUCAUGCUGCCACAAAGGGGUUCUCUGAGAAGCUCGGGCAUGGAGGAUUUGGAGCCGUGUUCCAAGGGGAGCUAUCAGACUCUUCGCUUGUUGCAGUGAAAAGGCUUGAUAGACCUGGUGGUGGUGAAAAGGAAUUCCGGGCAGAAGUAUGUACCAUUGGAAAUAUUCAGCAUAUUAACCUGGUGAGACUGAGGGGGUUCUGUUGUGAGAAUUCUCACAGGCUUUUGGUUUAUGACUACAUGUCAAAAGGUCCUCUUAGCGUGUACUUGAGGCGUGACAGUCAAACUCUUAGUUGGGAUCUUAGAUUUCGAAUUGCCAUGGGAGUUGCAAGAGGCAUUGCAUAUUUACACGAGGAGUGCAGGAAUUGCAUCAUACAUUGUGACAUUAAACCCGAGAAUAUUCUGUUAGAUGGAGAUUACUCAGCAAAGGUUUCAGAUUUUGGGCUAGCAAAGCUCCUUGGGAGGGACUUUAGUAGAGUGUUAGCCACCAUGAGGGGAACUUGGGGAUACGUUGCACCCGAGUGGAUCUCUGGUUUGGCAAUCACCACAAAAGCAGAUGUAUAUAGCUAUGGAAUGACAAUACUAGAAUUAAUUGGUGGAAGGCGCAACGUUGAGGGGCCACCUUCGACUCGUGGGGGAGAUGGAAAGGGCAGAGCGGAGGAGAAAUGGUUCUUCCCGCCAUGGGCAGCGCAGCAGAUAAUAGAGGGAAACGUUGCUGCAGUCGUAGACGAGAGGCUUCAAGGAAGGUAUAACGCAUCAGAGGCAGAGCGGGUGGGACUAGUGGGUGUGUGGUGCAUUCAGGACGAGGAAUCGGUGAGGCCAACAAUGGGAAUGGUGGUGAAAAUGCUGGAAGGAGUAGUGGAGGUACAGGUGCCUCCGCCGCCAAAGCUGCUUCAGGCACUGGUCUCCGGGGAGUCAUUUCACGGCAAGAUGGCCUCACAAGAUGGAAGCUCUGGUUACAAUCCCCAACUUUCAAUACAUUCCAAGGAUUCUCGUUCUUUUCCAUGAUGUCUCUUUCUCAACUGCAUUAUUCUGGGCAUUUCCCUUUUUGGAUUAAGGUUGAAAAGUAUGGUAUGGUGGGACACUUGGGAUUGUCUGUGAUUUUCUGUCCUUUCGAUUGUGAAAUCAGAUGCAAUGAAAUUAGUAUUAAGGUUAGAGUUAAAUCCAUUGUCUUUCUUUUAUACUACAUAGUGAAUAUUUUUAUUUCUGUCCUAAGUAUGUAUAAAACCAACAACCACCAUUUCUCACUAUUUACCUUGUUCAUUCUUCAAAAUAUAGCAGAAAUUGCCUCGAAA